ACUCCAACUCGAACUCGAACUCGAACUCCAACUCCAACUCCAACUCCAACUCCAACUCCAACAUCAAUAUCACUAAUACUAAUACCAUCCAAAACGGUUCGGAUAUCAUAGAUGACUUGCAUUUCAUGUCGUUUGAAGAAUGGAAGAGAAACAAAGAAGAGAUCGAACCAAUAAUAGCAAAGAACAAUAGAUCGAAACAGACCAAUAGCACAGGCAAUCAGCACUUCCAGAACAUCCAGAGCAUCCAGAAUAGUAAUGGCAACAACAAUCAGAUCAAUAUCAAUAAUAAUAACAGCAACCAGAAAAACAGAAAUAUCAACAAUAAUCAGAUCUACAAUAAUAAUAAUAGUAAUAUUCUAACUAACUCCACCAGUAAAGAUGCUAAACACUCGCUGACUAAUAUAACCCAUAACGAUCAUGAAGGCAGAGUGUAUAAGGACAGGUUCAAUUAUGCCUCUGUUGAUUGUGCUGCCACUAUAGUUAAAACUAAUUCUGAAGCCAAGGGAGCUUCAUCGAUCUUAGUAGAAAAUAAGGAUUCUUAUUUACUUAACCAAUGCUCUGCUCCUAAUAAGUUUGUCAUAAUCGAACUCUGUGAAGAUAUUCUUGUAGAGUCAGUAGUUAUUGGGAAUUUUGAAUUCUUUAGUUCCAUGUUUAAAGAUAUUAGAGUAGCAGUUAGUGAUAGAUUCCCUACUACUAAUUGGAAAGUUCUUGGAGAGUUUGAAGCAGAAAAUAUUAGAGAUAUACAAAGCUUUAGAAUCGCCAAUCCUCAGAUCUGGGCUCGUUACUUAAGGCUUGAGAUAUUAACUCAUUAUGGUUCAGAAUUCUACUGUCCUAUUUCAUUGGUAAGAGUCCAUGGGAAGACCAUGAUGGAUGAGUUUAAAGAGGUAGAGGAUGAAAAGGAACAACAACAACAACAACAACAACAAGAUAUAGAAGUCAAUACUCAGGCAAUAGCAGAUAUGACUAGUGAUACACUUCUGGAAGAGUGUCGUGUAGUUUUACCUCAUUUGGAUUUACACAACUUUUUAGUGGAACUUAAUUCAACAGAUCAAUACCCAUACUGUGAAGCUCCAUUAAUAGAACAGACACUGUCAGCAAUUCCAGAAACUACUCAAAUUCAGGAAUCUAUUUAUCGAAAUAUCAUGAAUCGAUUAUCAUUACUUGAAUCCAAUGCUACAUUAUCAUUACUCUAUAUUGAAGAACAGAGUAAACUAUUAUCCACCGCCUUUUCAAACUUAGAGAGAAGACAACUGAAUAAUUUUGAAUCACUUAUAGAUUCUGUCAAUACUACAGUAUUUGAACAACUUCUCAAUUUCAAAUCGUCAUACCAAAGUUUACAUCGAGAGUAUGCUAAACUUUUUAAACUUCAAGAAUCUCAUCAUGAUCAACUAUUACAGGAAUAUCGAGUAAGAAUGAUUCUUGUGGGUAAUGAAUUAACAUUUCAAAAACGGGUGACUAUCUUUAAUACAGUUAUAAUUGUUUGUCUCUUAGUGUAUGUUAUAGUUACCAGAGAUGUGUACAUUGAUGAGGUACCAGUUAAUUCUACACCAACUAUCACUACACCCAAAAAGCACAAACACAAACCAAGAAUCAAGCCUAAACGAAGAGCUUUUUAAUGAAUAAUCAUAUUAUAUGAAUACUUAUAUACAUAGGGAAAUAAAAAUUAUAUACACGUGAACGUAAUAAUUACAAAGUUAUCAUUAUCUUUAUUGAAAUCUCAGUUUAAUUGCCAUCACCAGAGUCUUUACCUUUGUAGCCACCUUCAUAACCUCCUUCUCUGUUACCUUUGUAACCUCCUUCUCUGUUACCUCUGUAACCUCCUUCUCUGUUACCUUUGUAACCUCCUUCUCUGUUACCUCUGUAACCUCCUUCUCUGUUAACUCUGUACCUUCCUUCACUGUUACCUCUGUUACCUCCGUAACCUCCUUCUCUGUUACC